AUGGUCAAAGUAGAGGAGGAAGAGGAGGACAAAGCUCUUGUAGUUAAAAAAGAAGAAGAGGAGGGUGGUUUUGCAGUCAAAGAAGAAGAAGAGGAAGAAGCUAUUGGGGUUUUUAUUCUUCCUGACGGAAACUGCAACCAGUGGCCUGUCAGUGGGAAGAGUCCCUCUGUGUCAGAAGAACCACAACAACAACAACAACAACAACCAAAGAAACAACAACAACAGCCCCAGGAACCCCACCACUCCCCUCUGUACUGCCCCGACUGUGGGAGGAGCUUCGUCAGCCCCGGGAUACUGAACGUGCACCGCAGAAUCCACCAGAGCAGAACAAUCCACACCACCACCACCGGUGAGCCGCCUCACUACUGCCGUGACUGCGGCAAGACCUUCGACAGCGCCCAAUACCUCAACAAGCACCGUUUGGUUCACACAGCAGAGAGGACGCACCACUGCUCCCAGUGUGGCCGGAGCUUCCUGAGACUCCAGCACCUCAAAGACCACCGGAGAACCCACAGCGGAGAGAAGCCUCACUACUGCUCCGUGUGCGGGAAGGGCUUCACCAAGGGCCGAAUGCUCCGGACACACCAACGUCUGCAUGCCGUGGAGGGGCUGACGUCGGGGAUGGGACGGGGAGGGUAG